AUGGGUGGCAGUGGCAGAAUUUCAAAGGCUUCAUUGGGAGUUGUUUUGUUUGUGGGUUUUCUCUGGUGUUUAUUCGUUGGUAUUUUAGCCAACCAGACAACCAAAACGACGUCAAUACCAAUUCCAUCAACCCCAAAUUUCAAGCUCUUGAAGAUGAUAGGAACACAGAGGCUUGUUGUUCAUCAGGGUCUUGAUCUAAAUUACGUGAGCAAGAGAAGAGUCCCUAACGGUCCCGAUCCUAUUCACAACAGGUACAGCUCUUUGCUUUACAUUUUAGUUUACUGUGAUUUCUUUGUAUCUUCUUCUUUAUCUCUUUUUGAAUGA